AUGGAGAAUGCCGUCGGAGGAGGAGGAGGAGGCGCCGCAGGAGGCAACGUCCCCGCCUUCCUCACCAAGCUGUGGACCCUGGUGGAGGACCACGACACGGACCCGCUCAUCUGCUGGAGCCCGAGCGGGAGCAGCUUCCACGUCUUCGACCAAGGCCAGUUUGCCAAGGAGGUGCUUCCCAAGUACUUCAAGCAUAACAACAUGGCCAGCUUCGUUCGGCAGCUCAACAUGUAUGGCUUCCGAAAGGUGAUCCACAUCGAGCAGGGUGGUCUGGUGAAGCCGGAGAAGGAUGACACUGAAUUCCAGCAUCCCUAUUUCAUCCGGGGCCAGGAGUAUCUCCUGGAGAACAUCAAGCGGAAAGUGACAAACGUCUCUGGAGUGAAGAACGAGGACGUCCGAGUCCGCCAGGACAGCGUCACCAAGCUGCUGACUGACGUCCAGCUGAUGAAGGGCAAGCAGGAGAGCAUGGACUCCAAGCUGGUGGCCAUGAAGCAUGAGAAUGAGGCCUUGUGGCGGGAAGUGGCCAGUUUGCGGCAGAAGCAUGCCCAGCAGCAGAAGGUGGUCAAUAAGCUAAUCCAGUUCUUGAUUUCGUUGGUGCAGUCCAAUCGCAUUCUGGGGGUGAAGAGGAAGAUCCCCUUGAUGCUGAACGACGGCAGUUCGGCGCAUUCCAUGCCCAAGUACAGCCGCCAGUACUCGCUGGAGCGUGUCCACAGCCCCUCCCCCUACUCCGCCUCCUCCCCGGCUUACGGUGGCCCAAACCUGUACUCCCCCGACUCUGCCAACUCCGGCCCAAUCAUCUCAGACGUGACCGAACUGGCCCAGUCCAGCCCCUCGGCCUCUCCCGGCAGCAACUUUGACGGAAGAAGUAGUCCGGUGGUCCAUAUCAAAGAGGAGCCCCCCAGCCCCCCUCGCAGCCCCCAGCCUGAGGAGGCCAGCCCCGUCGCUGUUCCUGCUGCCGAAACCCCCCUCUCUCCCACCACCUUCAUCGACUCCAUCCUGCAGGAGGAGGAGCUCAGCAGCCCCUCGGCCCCCACCGCGGGCAGCGUCCUCGUGCAGCCGCAGCAGCCGCCCCCCGAGAAGUGCCUCAGCGUCGCCUGCCUCGACAAUUUGGCUCGUACUCCGCAGAUGUCUGAGAUCACCCGUCUUUUCCCCAGCCCUUCUUCUUCCACUCUGCACUGCAGACCACAGCAAGGAAACGAGCUCAGUGAUCACUUGGACACCAUCGACUCCAGCCUGGAUAAUCUGCAGACCCUGCUGACAACCCACGGGUUUAGUGUAGACACGAGCGCCUUGCUGGACCUCUUCAGCCCUUCCAUGACGGUGACAGACGUGAACUUGCCAGACCUGGAUAGCAGCUUGGCCAGCAUCCAAGAUCUCCUGUCCUCCCAGGAGCAGCAGCAGAAGCCUGCAGAGACCGAAACCUCCCCAGCAGAUGCAGGCAAGCAGCUGGUGCACUACACCGCCCAGCCCCUCUUCCUGGUGGACUCGAGCUCUGUGGACGUAGGCGGCGUGGACAUGCCCAUUUUCUUCGAACUGGGGGAAGGGCCCUGCUUCACGGAAGGGAACGACUACUUGGAGGACCCGGCCCUCUCCCUCCUGUCCGGGGUGGAGCACCCCAAACCCAAGGACCCGGCCGUCUCCUAAGGCCAAGCCCAGUCUGGCGACAAGAGAGACUGCCCUGGACAGGGCCU